AUGAAUUUCUGGCAAUCACUCAUUUCAUUCAUCCCGAUUCUUCAAUGGUUACCGAAAUACAGUAUAAAGCACGAUUUUCUUUGUGAUAUGAUCGGCGGAAUCACAACGGGGGUCAUGCAUGUCCCACAAGGCAUUGCCUACUCAGUCCUCGCCGGUGUCCCUCCUGUAAACGGCCUCUACUCCUCCUGUUUCCCCGACUUUUUCUACAUGAUCUUCGGCACUUCAAAGUAUGCGUCAAUAGGCAGUUUCGCCGUGGUGGCUCUGCUCGCUGGUGUGGCCAACACAAAUGUACAAGAGUCUUUGAAAGUACCGGAUGAGAACGGAACCCUCAUAGCUGGUCCAUAUUCGCCUGUGGAAAUCGCGAUGACACUCACGUUCGCUGUUGGGAUUGUACAGUUCCUCUGCGGUCUCCUCCAUCUUCAAUUCCUCACCGCCUACUUCUCCGAUGCUCUUGUUUCCGGAUUCACCACAGGUGCUGCUGCUCAUGUUCUCAUUGAACAAUUCGACGAUCUUCUUGGCGUGAAAAUCCCCAAAUAUUCUGGUCCAGGCUAUAUUUUUCGAAAACUUUUCGCCUUGUUUACUUCAAUACCUGAUGCAAAAGUGAUCACUCUGAUCACUUCAACGUUAGCUUUACUUUUUCUUUACAUCGGAAAAGAAUAUCUCUCGCCAUUCUUGAAGAGGAGAUUUGGAUUGAAAUUCCCGAUACCGUACGAAUUGAUCUUGAUGAGUGCGGCAUCCGGUGUCUCGUUUCUGAUCGAAAUGAAUGAAAAACAUGGAGUCCCAAUUGUGGCUAACAUUCCGAUUGGUGUCCCCUUUCCAUCAGCUCCAAUUCUUCCCCUUUUGUCCGUUUGUUUCGGUCAAGCUCUUCCAAUCGCUCUUGUCGCCACCGCUGUGCACAUUUCGAUGGCAAAAAUGCUCGCCAAGCAACAUAAUCAAAAGAUUGAUUCGCAACAGGAACUCUAUGCCCUUGGAAUGACUUCUCUUCUUGGUGGUCUUUUUCCUGUUUAUCCUGUCUCGACGGCUCUCGGUCGAACAAUGGUCAAUGUGUCGAGUGGAACGAGAACUCAGCUAUCCACCGUUUUCUCUUGUCUCCUUUUAUUGACAUUGAUUCUCUGGUUGGGUCCACUCAUCGAGCCACUUCCAAUGUGUAUCCUAGCCGCAAUCAUCACGGUUGCUUUGAAAGGAAUGUUCAUGAAAUGCGCCGAAGUGAAAGCCCUUUAUAAAGUCUCCAAAUUGGAUACAUUGCUCUGGUUUUUCUCUUUUCUCUCCACUCUUUGCAUUGACGUUGUCUGGGGAUUGGGUGCUUCAAUCGCUUUCGCUCUCAUCACACUCAUCAUCCGAACACAAUGGCCUCAUUGGCAUCAUCUCAUCCAUCCAAAUCCACAAAUCACCUCGAAAAUCGUUUCCGAUUCAAAAGUUUCCCUCUGUGUCCAUCGCUUUGACGCUCCACUAAUCUUCGCCAAUGUUGAGCGAUUCCGUAAAACUGUCGACAAAUCACUAGAUGAUUGGAUCCCAAAGAAACGGAUAAUUCCACUUGAAAUUGACGAAAAACCCGAAAAGUUAGAGUUGGAAAAAGAGCAAAUGAGAAUUUUGAUUCUCGAUUUCUCCACCAUUUCUUAUAUCGAUCAUAUGGGAGUGAAAGUUGUCGAAGAGGUGGCAAAAGAUCUCGCGAAGCUCCGAAUACUGGUCUACCUAAGCGGGUUUAACGAAAACGUGUUAUCGUGUCUGCGUAAAGGUGAAGUGAUUCCAUCGCUUAUUCCCCUCAUCCACUGUUUCCCAACCCUCCGAGAUGCAAUCGACUCAAGUACAAGCCCUCAACUCAACCCGAUAGUUGAAAUGAAUGAUAGGCUA